CUCCUGAUCAUAUAUAUAUUGCAGAUACACACAUAGUUCCUCUAAACAUUAGAUAAUACAAAUAAAUCAAGAAAGCUCUAUCGGAAGGGAAGCUUAUAAAUAUAAGAAUGGUUUCGUGGGAACGAAAUAGAGGUUCUUUACAAGAGAAGUUUCAACUGCUUCGUUCAGCCACUAAUUCUCAUGCUCAAAACGAAACAUCGAUUAUAAUGGAUGCAUCGAAAUAUAUCCAAAACCUUAAGAAAAAAGUCGAAAGAUUCAAGGAGGACACUGCCGCAGAGCAAUCUUCAAGCGAGCCCACGGAUCCCACCACACCAAUGGUAAAAGUCGAAACCCUAGAAAAGGGUUUUAUGAUAAAAGUUUUCUCAGGGGAGAAUCAGCCAGGCAUGCUUGUUUCGGUAUUAGAAGCCUUUGAGGAUAUGGGGCUUGACGUUCUCGAAGCUAGGGUUUCAUGUACCGACUCCUUUAGCUUGCAUGCCAUGGGAGUCAAGGUAAUUAACAAAUCAUCAUACAAACAUAUCUGUAUACAUUAAUGAUAUAUCGUAAUUACAGUUAUUUAUUGUGCCUAUUUACAGUGGCGGAGCCAGAAAUAUUUUUUAGUGGGGUCAAAACAAAAUUAUUCAUAUUUUUUUUAAAAAAUAACCUACAUUACAAUUCAUCUAUUCUUUAUUUGUAUCACAAUUUUUUAACAAUAUUUAGAUUUUAUUUGAAUAAACAAUAAAUACAACCACCUAAAAACCAAACAUCAUUAAAAACAUCGUUAUAAUUUCUAACAUUUUUAAUAUUUGUAUUUUGGGAACAGAUGCAUUAUCUAUUAAGAAUAACAAACUAAAUUACAUAUUUAAAUACAUAAAUUGCAAAUAUAGAUCUUAAAUUUUCAAUGAGUUUAAAUCAUGUCAUAUCUAACUUGAUAUAAAAUAUGACCUACAGAUACUAAAGUAAAUUAGAACGUAAACAUGUUUUACUUGUCUUUUUGUAAUGAAAAGUAAAAUAUAUGAAAACGAAAAACACUAGCAAGAAAAUAAAACAAUAAACGUAAAAGAUUUGUUGACAUUUUAGAUAGUAAUUUGUGGAUUCAUAUUAAAGUGGAUUCAAAUUAAAACUGAGUCCAAAAUGAAGUAAGCCCAAAAAUAACUUAAAAUAAUUCUUUGAUUAUUUUGUCUUUCGCGUUAUUUUUAUUUGUGGGGUCAGUUAGAAAUUUAUGCUGGGGUCACAAACAAAAUUUAUACAAGAAAAACACAUAAUUUUUUUUAUUUAGGUGGGGUCAGCUGACCCCCCUACCACCUUACUACAUCCGCCCCUGCCUAUUUAUAUAUGUUUCGGAUAGUGUUUGUAUGAUUUACUCAAUACAAAUGAGCUCACUUUGAGAUAGUUUCAUCAUAUGUUUUAAUGAAAUAUUAUCUGGUUUCACUUACAUAUAUAUUGAUAAAGCUUGUGUCACUGCUGCUGAAAGUUUAUAAAUCAUAGUAGACAGAUAUGUAUACAAAAUAUAAACAUGAGUUGUCAACGUUUCUGAACGAGCCUAAUGAUCGGAUAUAUUCUAAACAACCGAUUUGCCAGUUAAUCCCCAUGUAAGCACAACGUUUUUCUUUAAGCACACGAUAAAAUAGAUGAAGUCUAGAAAACAGAGAGAAGCUUUCAGUUCAGGUAUUUUGUGUCAACAGAACCAAAAGAUCAUAAUGAUCUAUCUUAUUAAAAUGCAAAAAAAAAAAAAAAAACAUCAACCAUCUUAUCUUACAAACCAUAAUUUAAGAAAAGAAAAGAGAGAGAGACCGAACAUAAUGUUUUCAAACAGGACGAUAAAAUAAGAUUAAGAAAACAACAA